GGCAGUAAAUGAGGCUGAAUUAAGUGCUUUGCUGGCAAACAAGCCAGGUGUAGCAGUGUUAAGGUGUUGGGACUGCUGUUGGCCCUAACAGUGUGUGGGCACCGUUAUCGUGCAAUUAAUGAAUUGUUUCGUGUUGUGUUAGCUUUGCUGGCAUGGUGUUUAAUGGCUUUGCUGGCAUGAAUCUAAAACAAAUUGGGUGACUUUGCCCCACCAAGAUUAUCAUGCUAAUAUCACCCCUGGACUUUAUGAUAAUGAUGGUCAGCCCACAUAGCCUUAAAGCUGAUCGUAGGCUCGCCUUGCCUUGCUUUGCCAUCUCCUCUUCUUCUCGCUGGCCUGUCGCAUUCUGUAUCAGAGAUCUAGAGGGAUCCUCCUCUUGGCGCCGCACAUAUAAAACCUGUGGCGUGCCACUCCCGGACACUGAGUCCAGAGCCUCACCCACGCAUGCGCCGCGGGUUCAGCAUCCUCUGCGCUGACCAGCUCAGCGGAAUUAACCACACAGCAGCUACCAGACGAACGUUCUCUCCUCUUUUUUCUACAGGUGCAGGCUGCCAGUGCUGUGACUGCUGCAGGGUGUUGGUCAGUGGAGCUGCAAACGUCUGGUCAGUGGGUGUCUGUCUGGCCUGUCUGUUUGGGUGAGCAGGACAGGAGGAGCCAUGGCUAACAGGGGACCCAGCUACGGCCUGAGCAAGGAGGUGCAGGAGAAGAUAGAGCUGAAGUAUGAUCUGGACCUGGAGGCCCGGCUGGUGGACUGGAUCGUAGCUCAGUGUGGGGGGAACCUGGAGAGACCACAGCCAAGCAGACAGAACUUCCAGACCUGGCUGAUGGAUGGAACAAUUCUCUGUAGGCUCAUCAAUAGCCUGUACCCGCGUGGUAAUGAGCCCAUCAAGAAGAUUCUGGAGACCCAGAUGGCCUUUAAGCAGAUGGAGAAGAUCUCCCAGUUCCUGCAGGCUGCCGAGGCCUACGGAGUACUCACCACAGACAUCUUCCAGACCGUGGACCUGUGGGAAGGGCAGGACAUGGCUGCGGUGCAGAGAACCUUGAUGGCCCUAGGAAGUGUUGCCCUCACCAAGGACGAUGGACAUUACCGUGGCGACCGAGACUGGUUCCACAAGAAAGCUCAGGGUUACCGGCGGGAGUUCUCUGAGGACCAGCUUCGUCAGGGCCAGAGUCUGAUUGGUCUACAGAUGGGCAGCAACCGUGGGGCCUCGCAGUCCGGCAUGACGGGCUACGGAUCGCACCGCCAGAUCAUGUAGAGACACAAGCCAGCUGCCCAGCCAGCUGCCAGCCACUCCUUAGCCUGGCGGUGUACUCCAGUUACUGGACCUCCAGAAGAGAGCUCCACCACAUUCCCGGAACCUCAUGAAAUGACCCAACCCCUUUUUCCCCUUCCCCAGCAACAUUCAUACAUACAUACAUACACACAUUUCAUUGUUUGUCCCCAACACCCGAACAGGGUGCUCCAUAUACCACAACCACACCAUGAUUCCUACAGACCUCAGUAGUUUCUGCUUACCCCACACCCACUCUCCAGUCCUCCUUGGUCCUGCUGUCUCCAUCCAUAUAGUCCUGCUCUCUCCAUCCAUACGGUCCUGCUCUCUCCAUCCAUACGGUCCUGCUCUCUCCAUCCAUACGGUCCUGCUCUCUCCAUCCAUACGGUCCUGCUCUCUCCAUCCAUACGG